CAUGCCUAUUCAAGAUGAGCAUUGGUGCGAAAGAAUGAUUAAUGGAGAUUUAAGUAUUAACGAAACAAAAAGACUGAAAGAAUGGAAAUUCAAUGAAGAAAAUUUUUAUGUUGAACCGCCCCCUGAUGAGGAUGAAUUGAAUGAUGGAAUUGAGAUAACAGAGGAGGAUGAUAAGUAG